CCUCUCUAGCAUGCACUAUACAGACAUAAACAUCGGUACCCCACGCCCCCGCGUACGCCUUAUAAGCAUCCCAUCUCCAUCUCUCUCUCUCUUUCUUUCUCAUACCAUCUCCCACCCAAAGCAGCUGCCUGUCCACCCUCAACCACUUUCUUUCAUUCUUUAGAAUAUACCACUGUCUUUCACCAUGAACUUCAAGACCCUCUUCGCUACCAUCGCCGUCCUCGCGACCACCGCCCUCGCUGCCGACGAGCUCCAAGUCAACUCCCCCGCCUCUGUCAUUACCUGUCAGCCGGUCGCCCUCUCCUGGUCUGGUGGUACGGCUCCUUACAUUGUUGCCGUCAUCCCUGGUGGCGAGUCUACCGCUUCUGCCCUCGAGACCAUCUCCGACUCUGAGUCUGGCACCUCCACCACCUGGACCGCCGACAUUGCCUCGGGUACCUCCAUCACCUUCAAGAUUACCGAUGCUUCCGGUUCCAUCCAAUACUCUUCCCAGGUGACCAUCCAGAGCGGUAGCAGCGACUCUUGUGUCUCCGCCUCCGGCUCUUCCUCCGGAUCUGCCUCCGCUUCUGCUACCGACAGCUCUUCGUCUGGCGCCACUGCAGCUGCUGGCGGUUCUGGAUCUUCGGCCUCUGGGUCCGACAGCUCUGCCGCUUCUGCGACUGACAGCUCUGCCGCAUCUGGCGGAAGCUCAUCGUCCGCGGCCUCCAGCCAGGCUACGAGCGCCGCGUCCUCUGCGGCGGGCAGCUCUUCCGCUGCCGGCUCUUCCUCUUCCGCUGCCGGUUCUUCCUCGGCCGCUGGUGGCUCUUCGUCAGCCGCUGGCGGUUCUUCCUCGGCCUCUGCCUCGGCCUCCUCUUCUUCCGACUCUUCCUCUUCCGGAGCCCUUCCCCUCUCUGUCUCGGUCCCUGCUGUGGGUCUCGCCGCCCUCGGUGGUCUCGCCGCCUUCUUCUAA